UUGGCAGAUCGUCCACAGAGGGGCGUUCGGUGGCGGUUAGAGGUGCCAGUUGACGUCACAGGAAUGUCCAAAAGAAGAAAAGAGAGAGAGAGAGAGAGAGAGAGAUAGCUGGAAUGGAUGACUUGUUUGUUGCCAGUUGGCAAUCUUGAGCCGAAGUUUUGCGGGCGGGAGAGAGGAAAAGGAAGGGAGGAAGGAAGGAAGGAAGGAAGGGUGUACGGAGUAGUUAUAUUAACUUUAUUAUUAUUAGUUAAUCAAGUGUGUUUCGGAAAUUGCAAGGGGGAUUUUUGUUUCUUCGCCCCACGGCGGCCUUUAUCGUGCACAACAACGGGGGAAGGGGGCAAAAGAGGAGAGAAGGGCGAUAAGGAAGGCUCAGCGUCCAGCGUAACAACGGCGUCAGGGAGAGAGAGGAGAGGAGAGGCCAGCCGGAAUGAUAUAUUUAGGAUUUUCGAAAUACCCAAUGGGGAGGAGGGAAGGGAAGGGGGCUUGAAGGGACCCAAACCCUGGGUGGAA